GCGCUAACGGUGAACUCCAAAUGCUGACCCUCGCACCAGCACAGUAGAUGGCGGUAGAUGCCACUCGCCAACAAACAAAAGAAGCAGAAGCUAAACUCCCCAAAAAGAUGAAUCACAGAACUUCUCAUGUUUGUUGUUUAUGGAGCACAAUUUUUACAGUCGAUGGGAAGCUGGAACGGAGCAAAGCCUUAGGACACAUGAUGUCCACCAGUACCUGAAUACACAAAACAUGAUUACGAGCCUGUGAAUGGAAAGCCUUCUGAAAUAUGUGUGCGAAAUGGACAGCAGAGUGCGUGGAGGAACUCACGGGUACGAAAGAGGAGAACAAGCGACAACGUCGUCAAGUUUGCAACAACACGCAGCUUCGACUUUAUGCGGCAGAUGUCACUGAAGAAAAUCUUCACCCUGUGAAACACGAUCCCCCUCACGUUAAACAGGAAGAGGAGUCUAGGUUGCUGUAUAUCAAACAGGAGGCGGAGCCAGAGACCUCCUACAUUAAAGAAGAAGGACAGGAAGAUGAAAUUACCAAUUUUCCAAUAACUGUCAGUUUAAAAAUUGAAGAGGAGGAAGGUCCAAGAGAUAAGAGUGGAACAGCGAAACCUUUGAGCGAUAGCUCAUGUCAACACCUGACAACAAAAGAUAUCACUGCAGAAUCUCUUCACAUUGAGCAGAGGGCAUCAAAUACCCCCCAUGUUAAAGUUCAAGAGGCAAAGCCGGCGACACCCAAUAUUAAAGAAGAAGAGCAGGAGGAGGAAAUCAUCAAUUUUCCAUUGACAGUCAUCAUGAAGACUGAAGAAGGUGACGGAGAAGACCUCGUAGGACCCCAAGCAGACAGCCUUUUAGCCACACCGUCAGACACUGAUGAGACAGCUUCGCAAUCUUCCGACUACGAUGAGGAACACACUGAGGUUGACAUGGCAUGUCACGCUGACAACAAACGUGUGAAAUGCUCGCAGUGUGACAAAACUUUAGCAACCAAGGGAUCGUUGAAACGGCACACAAGAACUCACACCGGCGAGAAACCUUUUCCCUGCACGCUUUGUGGUAAAAGAUUCUUUCUCAGGGGAGAAUUAACAAGACACACAAGAACACACACGAGGGAAAAACAUUUUCCCUGCGCAGUUUGCGACAAAAGAUUCUUUGCCAAGGGAGAUUUAAAAAGGCACGCAAAAACGCACACUGGAGAACGACCUUUUCCCUGCUCGGUUUGUGGGAAAAAUUUCUCUGAAAAGUUCAGUUUGAAAGUGCAUACAAGAACACACAGUGGGGAAAAACCUUUUGCAUGCUCUCUUUGCGAUAAAACAUUCUUUGUCAAGGGAGAUUUAACAAGACACACGCGAACACACUCUGGGGAGAAACCUUUUGACUGCUCAAUUUGCGGUCAAAGAUUCUUUGCCAAGUCCCAUUUAACCAGCCACACCAGAAUACACACUGGGGAAAAACCUUUUGUCUGCUCAAUUUGCGGGAAGGGUUUCCCGAGGAACGACACAUUAACCCGACACGCAAUGACACACACUGGAGAAAAACCCUUUGUCUGCUCAGUUUGUGGGAAAGGUUUUGUCGACAAGGGAGAUUUAAAAAGGCACACUAGAACGCACACCGGAGAAAAACCUUAUGCAUGCUCAGUUUGUGGGAAAAGAUUUGUGGAAAAGGGAAAUUUAACGCAACACACGAGAACACACAUUGGUGAUAAACCCCUUUUGUCUGCUCAAUUUGUGGGCAAAGACUCAACCAGAAAUGAAAUUCAAGAUCACAAGUUGGAGGAAGAAUCCGACGAUGUCACUGAAGAAAAUCUUCACCCUGUGAAGCACGAUCCCCCUCACGUUAAACAGGAAGAGGAGUCUAGGAUGCUGCAUAUCAAACAGGAGGCGGAGCCAGAGACCUCCUACAUUAAAGAAGAAGGACAGGAAGAUAAAAUUACCAAUUUUCCAAUAACUUCACAGAGUGCAGUUUCAAAGCAUAUCCACAAAAAGUCUGUUGGAAGGGAAAAAUGUGGCCGGAAACGCUGCACAACCAAGAGAGAUGACUGUAGCCUUAACAAAAUUGUGAAGAAGAGCCGCUUCCAGAAUUUGGGGGAGCUUCAAAGACAGUGGGCUGAAGCUGGAGUCCAGGUAUCAAACGCCACAGUUCACAGACGUGUCCGGGAAAUGGGCUACAAUAGCCGUAUUCCCAUGGUCAAGCCACUUCUGAACUCAAGACAACGGAAGAAGCGUCUGACUUGGGCUACAGACAUCAGUCAAGAAUCUCCUUUUCCUGAGGAGCAGGAGCAGGCGUACCCUCAUAUAAAAGCCGAAGAGGAGCCAGAGACGGCCCAUGAUGAAGCUGAAGAGCCAGAGCCCCUUCAUAUUAAAGAAGAGCAGGAGGAGGAAAUCAUUAAGUUUCCGUUGACUGUCAUCAUGAAAAGUGAAGAAAGUGAUGAAGACCACUGUGUAAGACCUCAAGCAUACGGCCUCUUAGCUCCAAUGUCGGAUAGCGAUGACAACGCAACGCUACACUCUUCUGACUAUGAGGAUGCUGAGCACUUUGAAGACAGCAGUGAAGAAUCGUCUCUUCCUGAGCAGUACGGGUAUGAGGCAGAAGGGGAGGCAAAGAUUUUCAACAUUCAAGAAGAGGAGCCAGUGCACAACAUCACAUGUCUUGCUGACAACCAACGUGUAAAAUGUUCUCUGUGUGACAAAACUUUUUCCCUAGAGUCAACAAUGAGAAGGCACACAAAAACGCACGCCGAAGGGAAUCCGUUUGCAUGCUCAUAUUGUGAGAAAAGAUUCAAUCGGAAGGACCAUUUAAUACAACAUUCGCGAACACAUACUGGAGAAAAACCUUUCGUCUGCAGACUUUGUGGCAAAAGCUAUCAUAACAAGCAAAGUUUAACAUUGCACACAAGAAUGCACACUGGUGAAAAACCUUUUCUCUGCACAAUUUGUGGUAAAAGCUUCCCCGGCAAGGCAAAUUUCACAAGGCACACGAGAACACACACGAAAACACAUACCGAAGGGAAUCCGUUUGCCUGCUCAUUUUGUGAGAAAAGAUUCAAUCGGAAGGAUCAUUUAAUACUACAUUCACGAACACAUACUGGAGAAAAACCUUUUGUCUGCAGACUUUGUGGCAAAGGCUAUCAUAACAAGCAAGGUUUAACAUUGCACAUAAGAAUACACACAGGUGAAAAACCUUUCCUCUGCUCAAUUUGUGGUAAAAGUUUCACCGCCAAGGCAAAUUUCACAAGCCACAUGAGAACACACACUGGGGAAAAACCGUUUGUCUGCUCGGUUUGUGGUCAGCGAUUCAAUCGCAAGACCGUUUUAACGCAACACACAAGAACCCACACUGGAGAAAAACCCUUUCCUUGUUCUGUUUGUGAUAAAACAUUUUCUGAAAAGGCGAGUUUGAUAAGGCACGCGAGAGGACACGCUGGAGAAAAACCUUUUGCCUGUUCAGUUUGUAGCAAGAAAUUCUCUGACAGCGGAUCCUUAAGCAAGCACAAAAUAAUUCACACUGGAGAAAAACCUUUUCCCUGCUCAGUGUGUGAGAAAAAAUUCUUGAAAAAGGAGGAUUUAGUCCGGCAUACGAGAACACACACUGGAGAAAAACCCUUUGCCUGCUCGGUUUGUAGUAAAACAUUUUCUGUAAAGGGAAGUUUAAUAAGACACACUAGAACUCAUGUUGGUGAGAAGCCACCGAGUCAGUAGACUAUUAAUCAAAUUAUUCAGAUAUUAUCGAAAUACACACUACCGUUCAAAGGUUUGGGGUCACCCAGGCAAAUUUUUUUUUCUUCAAAAGUCACACUUCAAUUUUGCAAAGGAGUUGUAAAAUGACUAGAAAAUACUGUCAAGACAUUGACGAGGUUAGAAAUAAUUUUACUUAUUUUUAGAUUUUUAUUUGAAAUAAUAAACUUCUCCUUCAAAGUUUGCUUUUAUCAAAGAAUGCUCCCUUUGCAACGAUUACGGCUUUGCGGACCAAUGACAUACAGUGGGGCAAAUAAGUAUUUAGUCAACCACUUAUUGUGCAAGUUCUCCCACUUGAAAAUAUUAGAGAGGCCUGUAAUUGUCAACAUGGGUAAACCUCAACCAUGAGAGACAGUAUGUGGAAAAAAAAAAACCAGAGUUUCACAUUGUUUGAUAUUU